CCAUUGUACGCAUUCAGUAAGCCGCCAAAUGAGAACAGCGCGCUGUAUAAUCCGUGUAAUACUGGGGCACUUUGUGCGGGAGUGACGGGGAUGAAGUGGUUAAUGACUCCGCAGGCUGGCCCCGCCCCUCCCUUCUCUGCCAGUAACGUCCCGUUAUACAGUCCGCCUGCUUUCAGGAGCUCCUUUAUCCUACCCAGCGCCUCCUGCACGCAUCACUAUAGAGCCUGAGCCCGCGGAGACAGGGAGAGGGACCACCGCACCACAACAACAGGGGGGAGCCGCAGACAAGUUGGCGGAGCGCACCAUCCAACAGGGGAGCCGCGAUGUCCGUGCCCGUGCCGCACAACGGAGUGCUGGAGGAUAAGGACAACCUCAUAGAACUCUUCGUCAAGGCUGGGAGCGAUGGGGAGAGCAUUGGGAAUUGCCCUUUCUCGCAGAGACUUUUUAUGAUCUUGUGGCUGAAAGGAGUCGUGUUCAAUGUGACAACAGUUGACUUAAAGAGAAAACCAGCAGACUUACAAAAUCUUGCACCUGGAACACACCCGCCGUUUAUAACCUACAACCACGAAGUAAAGACCGAUGUUAAUAAAAUAGAGGAGUUUUUGGAAGAAGUGCUCUCCCCUCCAAAAUACCGCAAGUUGGCAGCAAAGCACCCAGAAUCUAACACAGCUGGCAUGGAUAUAUUUGCCAAGUUUUCAGCAUAUAUCAAGAACUCUCGACCAGAUGCCAAUGAAGCACUAGAAAGAGGAUUACUGAAAACGCUGCAGAAGCUUGAUGACUACAUGAACUCCCCAUUGCCUGAUGAAAUCGAUGAGAAUAGUAUUGAGGAUGUUACAGUUUCCAACCGGAAAUUUUUAGAUGGUGAUGAUAUGACUUUAGCAGACUGUAACCUUUUGCCAAAGCUUCAUAUUGUAAAGGUGGUGACCAAAAAAUACAGAAACUUUGAUAUUCCAAAAUCGAUGACUGGGAUCUGGAGAUAUUUGAGCAACGCAUACAGCAGAGAUGAGUUCAUCAACACUUGUCCAUGUGACCGAGAGAUAGAAAUAGCAUAUGCAGAUGUAGCCAAAAGGCUUACCAAAUGAACUGUGCUUUGUAACCAGAUUUGGCCUUAACAUUCUCAUGGGAAAAAUGGUUUUGGUUUUUGUCUUGUUUUUAAUUUAUUUUUUUUCCCUUCAAAACAUUAAUCCAAUCCCAGUGCAAAGCAAGGCCUGAAAGAUGCAGAAUAAAGCCAUUAUUUUAAUUUUACUUCCCAUUUUGACACAAAAGGUUUUUCUUGUGAUCAAAGCUUUUAAGUUAAGUAGAUAAAAACUAGUUGCAAAGAAUUGUAAACUCACAGAGAAAGCCAUGAGGACCUGGAUAAGUAAGGCUGCAUUCAAACCUUGUUUUUACGUUACGGGUGCCGGAUCCAGCUGGGGGAGGGGCAAACCGGGCU